AUGGAAACGGAAGGCAUGCCUGCCAGUGGGUGGAGAGUAAACGUCCGUGCGCUCACAUGUCCGUGUCGGUUCCACAUGAAAUUCGGUAUCUGCACGCACGUACUGUCUGCAUUGAAUGCGAGAGGCCACAUCGACCUUUCCGGACGUGAGCGUCUCGUGUACCGAGGUCCGAACAAGAAGCGAACGAUUUCUUCAGGCCGCCAAGGUCCUGGACGCCCAACCUCUAACGGGCACGCGCUGCAUAUCAACUAA